AUGCUAUUCCAAUUUUCCCUGUGGCUUUUAUUAUCUUAUACAGGUGAUGUCUCGGGUGAGGGAAUCACUCCAGUCUCCUUAUACAAAACAGUCUCAGAGAAGAAAACAUCCAGCCUGUCCUGCAUUUAUAAUGGCUCAGCAGCUACAGAUACUCUCCACUGGUAUCGCCAGUACCCAAAAUCCAGACCAGACUUCCUGUUUCUAGUUAACGAAGCUGCAUUUAAACAACCUGCUAAUCCUCCCAUUCCUGGAAUAUCUGCUAGAUUAAAUGAGGAGAAAAAUUGUGUGUAUCUGGACAUCAUCAACACUGCUGUAUCAGACUCUGCUGUGUAUUACUGUUGGUAUCGACAAUAUCCAGGAUCUAGACUAGAAUAUCUGCUACGUGUGCUUGAAUCAAACACCGUGCUUCAUGCUCAACCUCCUUUCCCAAGACUGAACGCCAGUGUGAAUAAAGUGGAGAAGCAGGUGAAUCUGACCAUCUCUUCUGCUGCAGUCACAGAUUCAGCUCUGUAUUACUGUGCUCUGCAGCCCACAUACAGCAGCUCCAAACCACAGUUUCUGUAUUUGGUUAGUGAAGCCAAGCUUGAACAACUGGCUGAUCCUCCAAUUCCUGGAUCGUCUGCUAAAUUAAAUGGAGGAGAAUAA